AUGGGCAGUGACAUCGCCAAUGACACUGCCGUCAAACCGACGUCCCUCAUCAAUCUCCAGCUGGGAUGGCCGUCGCCUCGUCUCUUCGCCGCGAGUGGUCUGCUCGAGGGCGCCACUCAGGUUCUCACUUCAGACGCCGAGACGGCUGCCGCCCUUGUCUACGGACCUCACGUCGGACAUCCUCCCCUCCGCGAAAGCGUGGCAGAAUGGCUCUCCUCGGUCUACGGGACCACAGCUGAUUCCGAAAGAAUAAGCAUAAGCAACGGCGCCUCGGGAAACCUGGCCAACGUCCUGAUGAAAUUCACCGAUCCGCUCUACACCCGCAGGAUCUUCAUGGCUGAACCAACAUACUUCCUCGCAUGCCCCAUCUUCGAAGACAACGGAUUCCAGGGCAAGCUCAGAGGCGUCCCUGAAGAUGACGAGGAGGGUCUCGACAUGGCUUUCCUUCGCCGAGGGCUAGAAGCUGCAGAGGCGGAAGCAUUGUCAAACGCCGAAGCCAGUGGCCAGCCAGACUUUCCAACGAUAAAAACUGGCAAGACUUACCCAAAAGUGUACAAAUACGUCAUCUAUCUCGUCCCGACGUUCUCCAACCCCAGCGCAAGGACCCUAUCGCUGCAGGUGCGGAAGGAUAUUGUUAGUCUUGCGCGAGAGUAUGACGCCCUCGUUGUCUCGGACGAUGUCUACGACUUCCUGAGCUGGCCCGAAGAACAUUCUGCUCCCGCCGACGCUGUGGGCUCUGUACCUCCUCGCCUUGUCGACAUUGAUCGACAGAUGCCCGGCUGCAGCCACUUUGGAAACACGAUCAGCAACGGGUCAUUUUCCAAAGUCAUCGGACCGGGUGUCCGGGUUGGAUGGGCUGAGAGCACACCGGCUUUUGCUAAGGAGCUUGGGGAGGUUGGCUCUUCAAGCUCAGGCGGUGCUCCUUCACAUCUCACCUCGACCUUUGUCGACAAGAUGCUCCGAAGCGGUCGACUUCAGUCCCACAUCAAAGACACGCUCGUUCCCACGUACCGCGAGAGAUACUACGCGCUCAUGUCCGCCGUCAAAGACGUUCUGGCGCCCCUCGGGGUCCGUGUGGAGGCUAACAAGCCCAAAGACGCGGCUGCUGCGAUAGCCGGGGGUUUCUUCACAUACCUUAGGCUACCAGACGACCUUCCCGUUGCUAGGAACGUAGCCGCGGUUGCGCUGAAGGACAAACAGCUACGCGUGGCGUUUGGGCACAUGUUCACCGUCACGGGAGAUGAGGGCAGCAUCUCUCGGGCCGAGAGGGAGGACGGGGUUUCCCGAUGUAUCAGGCUUUGCUGGGCGUGGCAUGAAGUUGCAGAAAUCGAAGAGGGCAUCGACAGACUCGGUGCUACCAUUGUUGAUAUCAGGGAGAGAAUCAAGAAAGGGGAGGACUUGAGUAGCCCCGUAGCCAUUGGAAUAAGAUAG